CGACUGCCGUCGAGUCUGAAAUUUCAAAUAACCCGCGCAUUCCAAGGCUGCGGAUGCGGCCUGAGAAGCGUGCUCUGCGUUUAGGUUAAGUCAGCUUCCGGUUCGCAGCACCGUCCCUCGCCGUCAGGUCGGACGCUAUUCAAACACACGAGCCCGGCGAAAGAAAUCCAAAGUCCCGUAGAAGCGACGUCAGCCAGCAGGAUACACUUGCACUCAUCGUUGCAUCCCGGUUGGUACCUAGUCUGGAAGUUCUUCCUCUCACGAUUCCGCUUCGUCAGGGAGUUACUCGGUGGAAUGAGCGAGUCGUCGUCUGUUACGGAUUUAAAGAACGGUCGUUCGCGCAUCAAGAAAAUUCGUCGUGAAUAAAUCUCGGACGACAAACAGAUAGAUUGAGCCCGUACCAAAUAACGACGUUUAUGUCAUAAAAGUUGCGCUAUAACUUGGGCAUCAUCCUCUAACAAGAAGAACGUCUCACUAGAAUGUCGGUGAAUAUACGUUGCGCAACCACCGACGACUUGCUGAAUAUACAACAUUGUAACCUGCAAUGUCUACCUGAGAAUUACCAGAUGAAGUAUUAUUUGUAUCAUGCCCUGUCCUGGCCACAGCUGAGCUAUGUGGCGGAGGAUGAGAAAGGAAGGAUAGUGGGAUAUGUGCUUGCCAAAAUGGAAGAGGAUUGCGAGGACAAUCCACACGGUCACAUCACUAGCUUGGCUGUGAAACGCUCUCACAGGCGACUGGGUAUCGCACAGAAGCUGAUGAACCAGGCGUCCAGAGCCAUGGUGGAGUGCUUCGGAGCGAAAUACGUGUCGUUGCACGUACGCAGGAGUAAUCGCGCCGCACUCAACCUUUACACGAGCAGCCUGCAGUUUGAAGUAUCCGAGGUAGAGCCCAAGUACUAUGCGGACGGCGAAGACGCGUACGCCAUGAAGCGUGACCUCACCAGCUUCCACCAUGAGAAGGCUCUUCGAGACAGAGCCCACAAGGAGGGCAACGUUCAUACGCAUUUGGGCAGAUGCUGCGGCGACCAUUCUUAGUCCAUUCACUAUCUGCUGCUGUCGCCUGCCGCAUCAAGUCCAGUAUGUGCACCUUUGCCGUGCGUUUUCUCACGCAGGAACCUGGGAGGGUAUCUUCCAGAUGGAUCAUGGAGUGCGAAGUGAGCAGAGGAUUCUUUGAGUUGUCUUUGUAGGGGACAAAGAGUUGCUGCUUAUCAAAAUUCUACCUAGUACGUGUAAAAAUGUAUAUGUGAACGGGUAUACGUGGAGAUUACCUUGUUGUUAAGAUCUAUGUGAUGAAGUAAAGGUACAGUUUGGUUUAUA